GAUAAACACGGAGCCAUUGUAUACUAUCACAAUCCUAGAAAUUCUACCCAAUCGAAUUAUGGUAGUUCAUGUCCCCUGAAUCCACAUUUCAUGAAUAGUACAUACGAGGAUACUUCAAAUAAUCCACCAAUCAUUGUCAAGCCAUCUAAUGCUGUUUAUUCAAAAAAGCUAGAACCAAGUCCACUUAUAGAUGAAUAUGACGAAUGUGAUCCCCUAGGUAUAUAUGCUGGUGCAGAGAUAUACGCAACUGCAUUCCCACCGGAUGACAUUAAAGCAGAAGAAGAAGAACAUGGUGGAGAUAUAGGAAAGACAGAUGAAAAGGAUAAACGAAUAUCAGUAACAGAGACAAUUGUAGAUCCAUUUGACGAAGAUGCCCCUCCAUUACCGCCUCUACGACCAACAACAUUCGAUGCUUCACCAUACCAAUUAUUAAAUGAAUGCACUCAACUAAUCGAUAAAAAUCAAAGACCACAAUCUCCAUCAACAUUGAGUACAUUUACAAAUAAUUUCAAUGAUACAACACCAUAUCAUCAACCGUCUAGUCUACAAUCUGAACAAUUACCAAAUGUCUCGAUCAUCAACUCAUCCACUUUUGAUAAUAAUGAUAAUGAUAAUAAUAACAGUGAUAAGCCAGCUAUUUAUCAGCGAACAUCAAGUAUUAGUAAUGUUUAGUAAAUGCUUUUUUUAUUUACACAAAUAAUUCCAUUUUUGAAUUUUAUUCACGAUUAAUCAAUAUUUUUCUUAAAAAUAUGGAAAACUAAAUUAAAAUUUUAACAGCUGAUUUCAAAUUUGAUCCCGGGAAUGUAUACAAUCUUUAUUUGAUUAAAUAAGGAAGAGGAAUUUGAAUUAGGCGGUGAAAAUCUCUCUCUCUCUCUCAAAUGUUUGGCUUUGUUCAAUUGUUCAAUUCGCCCAAUUACUGAUACUUUUGCUUGUUUCGUUUUUAAUCAGUUUUCGUGAUUUAUGAUUUGUGAUUUAUCUGCCUCUUCGCCUUUUUAAUCUAUUUCGCUUUUUGUUUUUUACUGUUUGUAACAUAUUGUGUUCUGAACAUGAGUAAACAUUAUUGCAUCUUGUAUUUAUAUUUGUGGACAAAAGUCUAAAUAUCAUUCCGAUUUUA